AGAUUACAACCGGUAUAAAUACACUUAAAACAAAUGUGACAAAAAAAGAAAAUGAAAAGAUUUUUGUUUAAAUAUAUAAAGUAAAAGGGCAAUCAAGUAAAAAACGUAAACGUUGAAACAUUUUUUUUUAUUUCGUGACUUUACUUAUUUAGUAUGCUUGUUAAGGAUAUCUGUCAAAACUUUAUUUUUUCUAUUUAUCUACAUAAUAUUGAGGGUUGACCGCAAGGUUAUUGUAAGUCCCUCUUUAUUUUAUAUGAGUUACUGCAGUUUUGCUGUAAACCCUUGAUAUGAGCAUCAAACGUAUGAUAUUUACAUCGGAGUUUAAUUAAAUGGUUGUGACUCAAACUUCCCUUUUUAUUUUUUAGUAAAGUACAGAUAAAAACUGAUGUGCCUUCUAACUUUUACAUAUGCCGUGACAUUUUCUUAAGUAUUUUUUGUUUUAAAAACUCAUGAUAAUAACUGACAGAUUUUGUACACUUUAGGUAUAAAAAUAUAUUUAUCAUCAUAAUUUAGUCGGCUUUCUGCAUUUUGUGUUUUCUGAUUCCUAUAAAAAGCACUAUAGUCGCGAUGUGAAAAGAAUAGCAAACUUUUGCUAUGUUUUAAAUCAUUGAUUAAUAAGACCAAAUUAGAGAAACAAAUGGAUAAAUUGAUAACAGUUUUCAUGUGUUUUUGCAGUGCCACAUUUCUAGUGGUUCAAAUCAGUGGAAAACAUGUCAAAGACCAAAGGAUAAAAGUAGCAGAUGAACAGUAUGUUCGGAUUAUGAUACAAACAUUGAUGGAACAAAACAGACGACUCACCCUUAAAAACAAACAACUGCGCAAGGUAUGGGAAGAUAUGCAGAACAUAUGUGAAUCUGUUAACAUGCUGUCCUGUGAAUGUGAUACAAAGGCAGCAUCUUCGUUAGAUUAUGCAGCACCAUUUACUUUCACCAAUUCAGUACGGCAAUCAAGUAAGCCGAGAAAUGCAGAUGUAUCUUUACAAAUCCAGACUGUAAGGUCAAAUGUAUAUAACGGGCAUAUGACCAUGAUGUCCGUCAGCUACAUGUCGACAUUGGAUCAUGUGACAGAAUGGGUUGGCCUGAGAGAAAAUGGUGGCGUAUGGAGAACAGCUGGAAGCAGAAACACUUCUGAUGGAACGAUGUUCGACUCAUCUGUUGAGAUAGGAGAGCUUAAAAAAUUAAGAGAUUUAAUAUUAUUCCUUUACAAUGAAGAGGAGAAUCUAAGUAUACGUUUCAACCUUACAGAAAUAGCAGUCACUGUAGAUCGAGAACAAAUAGUCAUGCAACCGACGGAGAUAUUAAUAACUGUAGACAAGCGCUUUCAGGCAACGAAUGAUACCGAUUUCAGUAUUUCAACAACUGUUUAUGAAAACGUAUUAUUUUUAAAAGACUUUCCUACAUUUGAAAUUUAUUUUACAGGAGUAAAUGAUAAUUCAUCUGAAAUAUUUGAGAUUUUUAGCUUUAAUUCAGAUCUGAUUGCAGUAAAUAUGUCUGCUACAUCAGCUAACACUACAAAUAUGGAAAUAAUUGUCAAGCAGAUGAUUGCAAAAUAUGGAGGUAUUCUAACAGUUCGAUUUUGGUCUCCUAUGACAGGAAUGCUUCAAGACCUAUACCAUGGUCCCAUUAUUCAGAUACAAGCAGUAGGGACCGACGACAUUGUAUACAAUAAUACUUUGGGCGUGUUUCCAUUGCCUAAGCAAACUGUUAUUUCCGCUCCAUCAUCAACACUAAUGUGUGCAGCAAUGGGAAACCCGCAUCCAAAUGUCACAAUUGUAAAGGUAAUAAAUGGCCCGGAACGCAAUGAAAUUGAAACAAAAACUGAGUUAAUUACUCGUGUUAAUAACAUGGAGAUGAAAGUAUUGACAUUAAAUUGGGAUGCGUCAGGAUAUAUUGAAGGUCUUUACGUCUGCAGGGCUACAAAUGGCAACAAGACGGUUGAAUCAGAGACACAAGUGAUAGCUAACGAAGAUGUUGUUUUUAAUGAUACCUACACAGGCGUUGUACAAAACGACAGUAAUGUUAUCAAGCUGUCGUGUAUGGCUACUGGAAAACCAAAACCAGAAUUAUCUCUUCGUUUGUACAGUGACUAUGGUCCAAGUUUAAUCAACGCUGGAGAGUACAAGGUAUGGAAGGAAGACGUAUUUGUAUCUCGGGUAUCACUUACGCUUGCAGCCGAGGACGGUCAAGAUUUCCACACGAUAUACUGUGUUGCAAGUCAAAUGGGUGGAAAUCAUAAACAUGUUAAAAUUGAUCUGUUUCCUUAUGGUCAAAAGACAUACAACUGGGACCUUUAUGAGCGCAUAGAAAGAAUGAAUGAAUUUUUAUAAAUCAAUCUCAUUAAAAAGCGCUGUUUGGUACUAUUUUAUUGUUUCGCGACACAUUAUUAUUUUUUCUUUAAAUAUUUCAUGAACAGCAACAAGUUUUAAAUAAGUGUUCACUUUGCUCUUGCAUCUGUUGAAUUAUUUGGUCAAUGUUUGAGGAUACUAUUCAUUACAUUUGAUAUGAUAGAAACGUUGCUGUAUUUUUACUAUAUUUUUAUAUCAACAAAAUUCUCAGAAAGCUGUCCCGAGCAAAACACAUCAACUCAAGACUACCAACAAGUCACAAAGCAGAACACAAAGAAAACAAGUCAUCUUGUGAUAUUGUUUAUUUCAAGAGUUUAGUUGUGAGAGUUCAGGCUUGGUAAACAAUCGAUAUCUACAGAGAAAAAUAUCAAAUGAAAAGAAAAGACGCAACGAUGGAUUGAAGUAUUAUGAAAAAGGGGGACCAAUGCAACUAUAAAACUAUACUUAUUCUAUUGUUUAAAUGUAUCUCAGACUCAGUAUCAAUAACUUUGGAAAGUUCAACACCUCUUGCAAAAGUCUUUUGAGGACGAAAAACUUCUAAAGGUUAGGUCACUAAGUUGUGUUUAAAAUAUUUUUACAUG